AUGGUGCUUAUUAAAUUUGUAUUCUGUUUCGGCUUGAUGCACACAGUUUUAGCGAAAGGAUCCGAAUCACGCGUACAAUGCACACCGGAGUUAAUGGCGGUGACAGUUCCAAUGGACGGCAACAGGAAGAUCUCCUAUCUCGACAACCUCAAAGAUUAUAAGCCGUGUUUGCCCAACAUCGAAAACAAUGCAGCUACCUUCGUACUGGACUUACAGGACCCUCAUAAAUGUGGCGUGACCAGAGUUUUCAAUACAAUUACGGGCAAACGCACAUUUUACCACAAAAUUACGAUUGAACUCGUGGACGGUGGCCGCGAGACUGUAACUGUCAGGUGUAUGGUGACAGGGAAACCGCAUUUGGUGUCAAGGCGGGCCGUCGAACCUUUUCCCUUGGAUUUCGACGAACCUGACGUUCUGAAUAUCACACGAUACGAGGAAGGUCGUGCUCCUGAGCCAGUUUUAGGAGCUGUUGUGAAACAAAACGGAAAACAAGUUUCGGGCGAGAUAUCCGUGAGCCCGGGGACACCGCUGUCUAUGGAAAUUUUCCUGGACAACGCGUCAGCUCCCGUAUACGGAUUACUCGUCAGCUAUAUGCACGUCACCGACACCGGAAAGCAGCAGGAAACCAUUGUUUUUAAUGGUUGCUCUGUGGACCCUUACCUCUUCGACAACUUCGUCACGACGGACGGUGACGUGCUCGCCGCGAAGUUCAAGGCAUUCAAGUUUCCAGACACCACCUACGUGCAGUUCCGUGGUACGGUGACGGUUUGCCUUGACAAAUGCCAAGGGGUUCAAUGCAGUAAUGGAGCUGUGGGAUACGGUAGGAAACGGCGUUCCGCCGCCUCCAGCGCCGAUUCCAACAAGGUGUACGAAGUGUCCUUAACUACCUUCAUCAAAGUGGAUUGGACUGACCCAAACGCCGCUAAGGAUUCAGAAUUCCUCUCGUUGUUGAAGAAUCUGAAAGUUGCAAACCAGAGGUUGGGCGACGUCGACGGCACACCGGCCACCGUCGCGGAACACACACAGGACAACAGACUGGUUUUGCACACACAAGAACACAACAGCUCCAACGUCUUAGUGAACAGCUACAGUUGGCUGCUACUCCUCAUUAGUUUUACAAUACCAUUAUUUUAC